AUGGGAUAUUGGUCGGAGCUACGUGCCUGGCUGCUCAGAGAUCCUGCCAAGCUCAUACGAUAUUUGGUGCUAUUCGUUUGUUGCAUAAUUGUCAUUGUACAGUUAUACGAAUGUUUUUCAAAGCUUAAUCAUCCGCCCAUAUCCACGCAUUCGUAUUAUAAUGUGAACGAGACUAUAGAAAUGCCCGCAAUCACGAUUUGUCGCGAUCCGCCGUAUAGAGAGGACGUUUUAGGAGAAAUAUCACAUGGUUACUGUCCACAUCCUAGAUAUGCAACAUGUUGGCAAGACUAUCCUUUUGGUGAAGUGGAAUUAAAAGAGUUUUUUGAAAAUGGUACCUACAGCAAGGAAGAAACCUUUAUUAUGUACGGACUUAAUGGCUACGAUUAUAAUGUGGAUAUCGACAGCAGUCUACAAUUUUAUAUGGGUCGCUGUUUUACACUGCGACCUAAAGCACCUAUGAAACGUGUUUCCAAGUCAGUUGGCUAUUCCCUGCUCCUGGAGCACAACAUAGACAAAACAGCAACAAGCGAUGUGGAUUAUAUAUCAGGACCCGGCUGGCAUAUCUUUAUACACGAUAAGCGUGACAAUUUUACGGAGAUUAAUAUGAAGGGAUCGGGACGCGUUGAAUAUGUGUUUGCAAGCAUUAGCGAAGAAAUUGAAAUUAAACUGCAGAGCCAGCAUUUCUCAAAUGUGAACACAUGUUCUAACGAGGAAGGCUACAGCGAUUUAAAGUGCGGUGAGCUUUGCAUUUGGCACGAUUUAGCGGAGGAAACCAAUUGCUCUGGUCCCUGGAUGCAGGAAAUUCUGCACGAGCCCUGCAAUGAUACCAAUUCCAUGCGUAAUUUGAUAUCGUCGUACAAAAACGUCUAUGAUGCCGAGGAUGAUUUCAAUACUGAUUGUCUGCAACCCUGUGAGUCACGCAUCUACUCCACCUACAUACAAAAUCGAAAAGCAUUUAUACAACCAGAACCACGUACACUGGUCUAUAUCUACUACACAACCAAGCUGAUAUCGAUGUUUGAAGAACGUCCCAGCUACGACACUACACAAUUUAUCGCCGAUGUUGGUGGCUCUCUGGGCUUUCUAUUAGGUCUGUCGGUGCUGGGUCUAAUUGGCAUACUGGAACACAUGACGUUGUUCUUCUGCGGCGGUUUCAUCAAACGCCUGCAAAAGCAGGAAGAAAAACGAAACGAGGAGCAGGUCGAGGAGGGAGAGAACGAGUCUCAGCGCAGCGAAGACACCGCGGAUGUGGCAGCCAUAUAUAAGAUUGAAGCGAAAAAAUUACCCAAGUACUAAACUUUAAAAACACUUAU